AUAAUGAUAACACAAUCUAAAUAAAAGUACGCAAAAAACAAAACAUUCCAGUAAUAAAUAUAUUAAGUUUUUUGAAAGUUCGAAAUAUAGAAGUGGCCACAUUGUUGAUAGCUUAGUACCGCCUGUUAAUUCGUGUUAACAGAAAUUAAUUUCAACUAUUGCAUUAGCAAGUCGAAAGUUGUUCAGCAAUCAGCAUUUGUUGUCGUUUACAGAAGGUUAGGUAGUAAAUAGUGUUGUAGGUGCUAGGUGUACCUUGUGUGUACAACGACGUUGGAUAUUUUAACAGUGGUUGGUGCCUAUUCAUGGAUUGUUGUACCUGUUAUUAAACUUAUUUGUUUUUAUCCAGCCUGGGCCAUGUCUAAAGACGGCCGUCACAACUACGAUCGUGAUACAAGUAGUGACACAGAAGAUUAUCAAGAUACCGAGGACCAUAGGCGUCGUGUGUUCAAAACAAGGCUUAGUUAUGGAAGUUCCUUAAAACCCAAAUCGUGUUUGGUACAGCGUCAUUCAACUGGUAACCAGUUGGCUCUGACACCAAUCAAUAAACAACAAACAACUUCAAUGAGAAAUAGAAAAGCAAUGCCCAGAUUUUCUUGCUCAAUGAAUUCUAUGAAAAGUCUGAUGAAUCAAAACACAACUACUUCAGGUUCGUCCUAUCCAAGUACUUCAGGUUCAGGCCAUUUAACUAGCUCUAGAAAUAACAAUAUUGCUAGUAAAGAGGAAAGAGUUACUCUUAUUGUAGAUAACACUAGAUUUAUUGUUGAUCCUGCUAUAUUCAUUGCCCAUUCAAAUACAAUGCUUGGAAGAAUGUUUAGUUCUAACGAAUAUACAAAUAAGAAUGAACGUGGGGAAUAUGUGGUAGCAGAAGGUGUCUCUGCAAAUGUAUUUAGGUGUAUUUUGGAGUAUUAUAAGGGUAAUGUAAUGCGCUGCCCAUCUUCAAUUUCUGUACAAGAGCUACGAGAAGCUUGUGAUUAUUUGUUAAUACCAUUUGACGCUAAAACAGUCAAAUGUCAAAAUUUAAGAGGAUUAUUACAUGAGCUGUCAAAUGAAGGAGCUCGUUGUCAGUUUGAAGUAUUUUUAGAAGAUCUAAUAUUACCUUUAAUGGUUAAUUCUGCUCAACGAGGAGAUCGUGAAUGUCAUGUAGUUGUCUUACUUGAUGACGAUAUAGUAGAUUGGGAUGAAGAAUAUCCACCUCAAAUGGGAGAAGAAUAUUCACAAACUGUAAAUAGCACUGCUUUAUAUAGAUUCUUCAAAUACAUUGAAAAUAGAGAUGUUGCCAAACAAGUAAUGAAAGAACGUGGUCUUAAAAAGAUUCGUCUAGGCAUUGAAGGUUACCCAACUUAUAAAGAAAAAGUCAAAAAAAGAGCUGGUGGUCGUAAAGAUGUGAUUUAUAAUUAUGUCCAAAGACCUUUUAUCCAUAUGUCAUGGGAAAAAGAAGAAGCUAAGAGUCGUCAUGUAGAUUUCCAAUGCUUAAAGUCAAAGUCUGUGACUAACUUAGCAGAAGCGACUGCUGAUCCUGUUUUGGAAUUAGAUGCUAGAGGUAAUCCUAUGGGUGCUGUGGCCAUAGAUCCAGACAUUCGAGUGGUAUAUGAUGGUCAUGAUCAAGAUGAUGGAGCUGUAGACUCUCCUCCUCCUCCCUCAGUUUCAGAAGCUGAACAAAAUGAAGAGUCUCAACCCAAUGAUCAGUAAUAUACAAUGGAAUUUAUGUAUAGGUACCAUAUAUUUUUUAUUGUUACUGAACAAUCAAUCAAGUGGUGAUUUUCUUUUUUUCAACAAGCAUUUUACUACUAUUAUUAUUAAUAAAUGCAUCUUUUUCUAAUGUCGUAUAUAAUUAUAAUCAAUUUAUUAUCAUUUGUAUUCUUAUAAAUAAAGAUUAUUCAAAUAUUCUGA